UCUUACAGUAGACUUACAGGUCGGAGUGUGUGGAGUGUUCUCAGCCAAUGAGCUCUCAGUGCGCUCGCUCACACACUGGCUCACAUACACUCACACACAUAUUCACAUCAUCUCUUUCAGCAUCCACACACACAUACACUCAUUUCAACGCACAGAGACACUGAACUCCUGCACCUGCUCCGAGGGCGAGGACGCACACGCGGAUACGGAGAAGCGGACACCGGCACGGACGCGCGCAUACACGCACACGGGAGAACACGCGAGGGAGGGAGGGUAGAAGCUGGAGGCGGUGGCCGUAGCGCGGGUGUCGUGGCACCGGUGAAUGAUCUGAAGCUCACACACGCGCAGGGAGGCAGACAUGGACCUGACGCUGCUGCUCCGGAAGCUGGCGCUCGUCUCGUCCGUGUGCGUGCUGCUGGCCGGCUGCGCGCGCGCCUGCGGCCCGGGCCGGGGCUACGGGAAGCGCAGACACCCGAAGAGGCUGACUCCGCUCGCCUACAAGCAGUUCAUCCCCAACGUGGCGGAGAAGACGCUGGGAGCCAGUGGGAAGUACGAGGGUAAGAUUACGCGCAACUCGGAGCGCUUCAAGGAGCUGACACCCAACUACAACCCCGACAUCAUCUUCAAGGACGAGGAGAACACCAACGCGGACCGGCUCAUGACCCAGCGAUGUAAAGACAAACUGAAUUCAUUGGCCAUCUCAGUGAUGAACCAGUGGCCCGGCGUGAAGCUGCGUGUGACCGAGGCCUGGGACGAAGACGGCAACCAUUUCGAAGAGUCUUUACACUACGAAGGCCGAGCCGUGGACAUCACGACCUCGGACAGAGACAAGAGCAAGUACGGGAUGCUGUCGAGACUCGCCGUGGAGGCUGGAUUCGACUGGGUUUAUUACGAAUCCAAAGCGCACAUACACUGCUCUGUCAAAGCAGAAAAUUCUGUCGCUGCAAAAUCGGGCGGCUGCUUCCCAGGAUCUGCGUCCGUGUACCUCUCAGACGGACGCACGAAGCAUGUGAAGGAUCUGGUGGAAGGUGACGAGGUUCUCGCAGCAGACGAACAGGGAAACUUAGUGUACAGCGACUUCAUCACCUACCUGGACCGAGACUUGAUCACACGCCGGACGUUCCUUGUGCUGGAAACGUCGCAGCCGAAGGCGACUCUGAGGCUCACGCCGGCUCAUCUGGUGUUUAUCUGGGACGACUCGGACGGUUUAGGAAUGACGGCGAAGUUUGCUAGCGAUGUGAAGGCGGGACAGAAGGUGUUCGUGUGGGAGGGACGAGGCAGUCUGAGGAGCACACGGGUGGAACGUGUGUACGCGGUGGAGGACAGGGGCUCAUACGCCCCCCUCACUGCACACGGGACCGUCGUGGUGGACGGCGUGUUAGCCUCGUGCUACGCCGCCAUAGAGGAGCACCGCUGGGCGCACUGGGCUUUCACGCCUCUUCGUUUGAGUCGCAGACUCACGCCGGCCUCAUGGUGGCGCCAGAUCACACCGGAUUCAAACGUUACUUCACAACAGGAUGACGGGAUUCACUGGUAUCCCAAGAUGCUGCUACACGUCGGAGCGUGGCUACUGGACCGGGACUCAUUCCACACGCUCGGGAUUCCGAACCUUAGCUGAGACUCAUACAACCUCCAGGAGACUCCCAGUCCAAAAUGCUAGCUACAAACAAAUGCUAACAGACACCAGUUAACAUGGUGUGCUAAUUGCUUCUAAAGCCCGGUCAUGCUAACUUUUAAAAGGAAAUAGUCAAAAUGUAAAGUGUUGCACCCCAUUGCAGAUUUGUGUGAAUAAAUUUCUCUCGCUUUCGCUUUUUCAAGCAUCGCUAACUAGCAAAACAAGCUGCCCUUUUACGUCUGAAGGGGCAGGACUUUGUAUUUUCCACUGCAAAUACAGAAUGUUCUCAUUUUAGCCAAAAAAAGAUUAUUUUUUAAAUAAUCUGAAUUGUCAAUUCCAAGUCAUGCCUGAAAACAAGUUACCUGCUCCAUAAUGACUUCCUCAGACUUCUGGUGGUUUAUUACAGCAUUGGCAUUAGUGUUAUCAUUAGCAUUAGCAUUAUGAACUGAAAGGUUCUCCUCAGCAGCAUUAUCUAAAAUAAAUGGGCUUGGAAGGAAAAUAAUUUCAAAUUGUUACACAGACUUUACAUCCACCUUACACAAUGUGUUUCACAUGCUAGCAAGGCUAAUGAACAUUUAUGGAUAUCAGUUAGCGUCAUUCAAGCGGCAGAAUCAAUAAUCAUCACAGAGUUGUCUUGAGCUAUGCGAUAUAACCAGAUUUUGUGGUGAAUCAUUUUAUUGUUCACCUGUGUGUGUGUGUGUGUGUGUGUGUGUGUGUGUGUGUGUGUGUGUGUGUGUGUGUAUUAGCAUUUAGGCAAUGAGUACACAUAAACAACUUUUACUCAUUUAUAGACCGAAGAGAAAUCUUGGCCGUGGGAGGAAACGUGUCCUGAUUGUUAGCCUCAAUCACAUCGUUAGCGAUUCGGGAAUCUUGAGAAGUUAUUUUUUGUUCAGUAAUUUAUUGUUUUUUUUUGGUUGGGUCGGAGGCGAAACGAUGGGAUUCAGGGUUCACACAGAUGAACUGAUGAAACCGGAAAGACGCCAAACCACCGCUCUAUAUCUUUUUGCCGGAUAGUCAGACACUCCUAAAUUAUAUUUUUCUACACAGAUUUGUAUAUUAGAUUUUUUUUGGACGGAUCAAAUCGAAACUAUUUACAAAAUCACAUUUCGUUAUUUGAAAUAGUGAGAGAGAUAUAUAUUAAAAAAAACGUGUUCGAUGUAUUUAAAGAUAAAAGUGUGUAAUUGUUGUACUUGUAUAUUUACACCAGUAACUGAGUUUUUUUUUUUUCAUUUCAUGU